AGCCUCAGCUCAGAGUUCACGAUCAUUUACAUAUUUACAGCGUAAGACAACUUCUCUCGCGAGAUCCAAGCGCUCAUGCGAUGGGUCUUAUAAAAGUGGUCCCACGGAUCUCGCGUGAUUACGCCACCGACGGCAGUGGAAUUGAGGCAGGGGGCGGGGUUCAGAGAGGUACCCAUGAGAUGUUUGGAGACAUUUUUAUCAAAUUAUUUAUUUAAAUAAAAAUGGCCGCCGUAGAGAGCGGAGAGGAGAAACUCAGUGAGGAGAAGAGGGAGGACGUCAACCAGAAUCAGAGCUCCAACGACAAGGACCCUAAGACACACAGCAAGCCCAAGAAGGUGAGGAGGGAUGUGGAGAAGGAGAUGCUGGAGUCUUCAUCCUCCCCUCCUCCUCCUCCUCCUCCUCCAGCCCAGCAGCCUUGUUCAGACCAGGAACAGCUCCAGCUAGCCGAUGCUGAGGCGGGGCCCUCGGAGCCCAUGGUCGCUGCAGCUGGCGAGGCCUCGGGUCUCUCUGAGUCCUCUCCUUCGCCCAAACAGAGGAGGUCCAUCAUCAGGGACCGAGGUCCGCUCUACGACGACCCCUCUCUACCCCAGGGCUGGACACGUAAACUCAAACAACGCAAGUCUGGGCGGUCUGCCGGGAAAUUUGACGUCUACUUGAUGAACCCCGAGGGGAAAGCUUUCCGAUCCAAGGUGGAGCUGAUCGCCUACUUCCAGAAGGUUGGGGACACCACCACCGACCCCAACGACUUCGACUUCACCGUAACCGGGCGUGGCAGCCCCUCCCGCCGCGAGAAGAGACCCCCGAAGAAACCCAAAGUGGUGAAACCGUCGGGGAGGGGCAGGGGCCGGCCGAAGGGGAGUGGAAAGCUGCGCCCGGCUACGGAGGGUGUGGCGAUGAAGCGUGUGGUGGAGAAGAGUCCUGGGAAGCUCCUGGUUAAGAUGCCGUUUGGAGCGUCCAAGGCAUCCGAGACAGCUGGGCAGACAUCGGAGCUGGUCGUAGUCACCAAGAAGCGCCCGGGACGGAAAAGGAAAGCGGAGAUACCACCGCAGACUGCUCUGAAAAAGCGGGGGUGUAAGCCAGGGUCGGGGGUGACUGGGUCGACGCUGUCAGCAGCUUCUGGUGCGGCGGGUUCCAGUACUUCCUCAUACGCAGCGGCUGCUAUCAUGGCCGCAGAAGCCAAGAGGAAAGCUCAGAAGGAUUCUUCCGCUAAGCCGGUGCAGCAGACCGCUCUGCCCAUCAAGAAACGCAAGACCAGAGAAACUGUUGAGGAGACUAAGGAGACUCCAGCCUUCACCACGCCACUGCUCGGGAGUGGUGGUGGGGCAGGAACUGUGAUGGGGACAGGGAAUGGUGAUGGGGCAGGAACUGUGAUAGGGAUGGGGGCAGGGAGUGGUGGUGGGGCAGGAACUGUGAUAGGGACGGGAACUGGGAGUGGUGUUGGGGCGGGAACUGGGAGUGGUGUUGGGGCGGGAACUGGGAGUGGUGUUGGGGCGGGAACUGGGAGUGGUGUUGGGGCAGGAACAGGGAGUGGUGGUGGGGCAGGACCUGGGACGGGAACAGGGAGUGGUCUGGCUGUGGUGGCAACAGAAGGGACAGAGCAGGGACACAAGCUGCCAAAGAGUCCAGGGAGGAAGCACAAGGACAGUCCCCUGGCAGCAACGGUUACCACGGAGACCAGUGGUGUGUCUGAAAGGUGGCCCAGCGGAGGCAGCAGUAGUAUCACUACUCCAAAGAGCCACAGCCACAAGAGAAAGGAGCGGACGCCGCACAAACACCAUCACCACCACCGUCACCAUCACACACACUCCUCUGUAGUGGAGGAUCAUCCUCAACCCUCCCAGCGGCCCCCUCACCACCACUUCCCCGGCCUGACUAUGGGGCUGGUCUCCCAUACAGCCAGAUCCUCGGUGGGGCCAGGGGCCCUCCAACAGAACAAGCCCCAGGACCUGAGCACCUCUAGGGGACCCUGCCGGGCCAGCAGCAGGCCAGAGGGCCAAACCACGACCAGAGGAGAGAGGGGAGAGGUCAGCUCGGCUGCGGUGGUAGUAGUGGGAACGAGUGACACCAGAGACAACAGAAAUCGAGCAGACGAGGCUGCGGUGGUAGUAGUGGGGAGGGAUUUGAGAGACAUUGUACCCUCCUCAGCAGUACCGAGGCCCAGCAGAGAGGAGACCGUCUCUGCUGUGCCCAGGCCCAGCCGGGAGGAGAUGGUCUCUGCUGUACCCAGACCUAGCCGGGAGGAGAUGGUCUCUGCUGUGCCCAGACCUAGCCGGGAGGAGAUGGUCUCUGCUGUGCCCAGGCCCAGCCGGGAGGAGACGGUCUCUGCUGUGCCCAGGCCCAGCCGGGAGGAGAUGGUCUCUGCUGUACCCAGGCCCAGCCGGGAGGAGACUGUCUCUGCUGUGCCCAGGCCCAGCCGGGAGGAGACGGUCUCUGCUGUGCCCAGGCCCAGCCGGGAGGAGAUGGUCUCUGCUGUGCCCAGGCCCAGCCGGGAGGAGAUGGUCUCUGCUGUGCCCAGGCCUAGCCGGGAGGAGACGGUCGAGUCUCGGACACCGGUCACUGAAAGGGUUAGUUGACUGUAUGGUAGGACCCCUGUCUGUAAGGAGAAAAGGAGCCGUGUCGAGGAGCAGUGGGUUUUAUAAGACAACAGGAAAGGACGUGUCCAUGGAAACACAAGGCAGCUGUUGGUUGAUUGUUCUUUCUGUGGGUUGGGCCUGUUUAUUGACAGGUAGCGCAGCUUAAUGGUCAACCCACAACAGAUUGCUUCCUGAUAAAAUGAACUUAUUAUUAUUAUUAUUAUUAUUAUUAUUUUUUUCUUUGUUUGGUCAUUGUCUUGUUCUGUUUUGCUCUUUUAAAACCUGUUGUCAUUUGACCCAUCCAACCCGACCCAGAAGCCUUUGCUUAAAAUCUCACAGGAAGUGAAGGACCUGCACUUCCGGUGCCAUCAUCAGACGGAAACCAUGGUAACCACGACGAUGACUCAUGAACCUCAAUCAUUCAGUUCUUCACUGUGGUUUUAAGAUAGCGUAUAUAAAAUGUAAAAAAAAAAAAAAAAAAAAAAGGCAUUUGUCCUGUCUGUAGUUCGCUCACAGGUGGUCUUUUCCAACGUUGUGGCUAGAAGCGGCACAACACACACACAAGCUUCCACUGUUUCUUCUUCUGUUGUAGCAUCCUCUGUUUACUGCAGUAGGCUCAGCGUCCAGUCCAUCAACGCUUUGCGCUACGUCCCAUAGGGCACCCUAUUCCCUAAUAAUACGAUGCUUUUGACCAGAACCUUAUGGGCCCUGGUCUAAAGUAGUGGGCUGGAAGUAGUGCACUGAAUAGGGAAUCAUUUGGGACACAGUUGGGUUUCCAGUCCUUGCUCUACAGUCAGCAUAUUAAUUUAGGUGACAUAUGUUUUCCUCGUUGGCCUAUAUUAUGUAGAUGCCAAGUCUUCUGUGUGUGUGUGAUGUCGAUCAUCUCCUUCUAUAUACAGUAGUCUCGGUCUGAAACAGCAGCCUAUUCCCUACACAGGGAGAGACAAGUAUUCUCCCCAAGCAGGCUGGAGGUUUUUUCUCUUCCACUUAACACAGAGACAAGAGGUACUUGAUGAUCAGAGAGAUUAUGAUGAAGUUAGAAUGUUAAUGUGGCCCAGGCAGCAAUAGGGCUGAGUAUAUAGGAUGUGGCCCAGGCAGCAAUAGGGCUGAGUAUAUAGGAUGUUGAUGGGGCCCAGACAGCAAUAGGGCUGAGUAUAUAGGAUGUGGCCCAGGCAGCAAUAGGGCUGAGUAUAGAGGAUGUUGAUGGGGCCCAGACAGCAAUAGGGCUGAGUAUAGAGGAUGUUGAUGGGGCCCAGACAGCAAUAGGGCUGAGUAUAUAGGUUGUGGCCCAGGCAGCAAUAGGGCUGAGUAUAUAGGAUGUGGCCCAGGCAGCAAUAGGGCUGAGUAUAUAGGAUGUUGAUGGGGCCCAGACAGCAAUAGGGCUGAGUAUAUAGGUUGUGGCCCAGGCAGCAAUAGGGCUGAGUAUAUAGGAUGUGGCCCAGGCAGCAAUAGGGCUGAGUAUAUAGGAUGUGGCCCAGGCAGCAAUAGGGCUGAGUAUAUAGGAUGUGGCCCAGGCAGCAAUAGGGCUGAGUAUAGAGGAUGUUGAUGGGGCCCAGGCAGCAAUAGGGCUGAGUAUAUAGGAUGUUGAUGGGGCCCAGACAGCAAUAGGGCUGAGUAUAUAGGAUGUUGAUGGGGCCCAGACAGCAAUAGGGCUGAGUAUAUAGGUUGUGGCCCAGGCAGCAAUAGGGCUGAGUAUAUAGGAUGUGGCCCAGGCAGCAAUAGGGCUGAGUAUAUAGGAUGUGGCCCAGGCAGCAAUAGGGCUGAGUAUAUAGGAUGUGGCCCAGGCAGCAAUAGGGCUGAGUAUAUAGGAUGUGGCCCAGGCAGCAAUAGGGCUGAGUAUAUAGGAUGUGGCCCAGGCAGCAAUAGGGCUGAGUAUAUAGGAUGUGGCCCAGGCAGCAAUAGGGCUGAGUAUAUAGGAUGUGGCCCAGGCAGCAAUAGGGCUGAGUAUAUAGGAUGUUGAUGUGGCCCAGGCAUAAUUCUUAAAACAGAAUUAUAUAUAUAUAUAAUUCUGUUUUAAGAAUUAUUUUAAAUUAGAAGAUGUAUUGUUUUGACCAGGAACGUGUCUGUCUCCACGUAGGACUUACAUCAUCACCCAGACUCCUUUCUGCAUGCAACAGGACUAGCCUAUUUAUCCGGCACUUCAUGAAACUUGGUGUUAGACUCGUGGGUUUUCUUUAGUUUAAACUCACAGGUGGGUAGUCAAAAGAUAUGGUGGGGGGGGUGACUACUCUUGGGAGUACCAGUGACAUAGUCGUCAGAUUUCAAAUGUUUUGGAGUUCAAUCAAAUCUGCAGUGACCAGAAACCAGAAUCACUGCGCAAACAUAGCAAGCGUGUUUUCAUUACAAGAAUGAAAUCUGUUUUGUCACCCCCCCCAGCCCAUUGAACAAUGUCUUGCUAAUUACUUUAGAUAAAACCAUGCACUUUUCUUCUGGCUCAAGAACAAAUGUUUGAAUGAAUUCUAGCCUACGCUCAAUCCCUCUUGCACAAGUACUUACAUCAAUGUAACGCCCCUGUCUCGAAAAACCUUUAAAAAAAAACGUGUCCUUGCACGAGAGAUCUAUUUGUUAGUGACUUUUUAAAAUGUAACAUAACGAUAGUAGCUAUAUUCUCAUUUACUUUAAUGCAAAAUAUGUUAAACCUGUAAUACUCUUGUCAUGUUGUUGGCAGUAUGUGGCUGUUACAGUAGAGCAGGCCUGUUUAAAGUAGUUUGCUUAAACGGUAGUAAUCAGUUUUGGCACAACACCAGAAAUAACAGACAACAUUUUUUAAUUUUUUUUAAUCUGCACUAGAAUUUUCUCCUUCUAGAUCGGGUGACUCCGGUCUCCCACCUUGCAUUGAGAAUAUGUCCUAUAUCGACCAGAGAUUCAGACCAAUGUAUACACCCUGUGGCUUGUCCUCCUCAAUAAAAUGUCAAGUGUAGACAAUA